AUGCCUUUGUCGGGAAUUGGUGCUGGAUUCACCAUCCCUUCUGCUCAGGCUCAUGUCGCGAUCUACUUUCCCUCACCCGCGGAGCGGGCGAAAGCUCUAGGUUUCUGGGCCGCAGCAGGCAGCGUGGGAUUCAUUGUCGGCCUCAUCCUAGGUGGUGUUCUGACGGCCCUCAUCAGCUGGCGCUGGAUUUUCUGGAUAUCUCUCAUUCUUUCUGCCAUUGUUGUACCAACAGCCCAUAUCUUCCUUCCUCGAGCUAAGACGGCUCGUUCACCUGCUGCUCGUGAAUCCAUAAAUGAGGAACAAGAGGAGAAGAAGCUGUUCCAGUCUAUCAAAGCACGCCUAAUUCGUUUCGAUGUGCUUGGAAUCUGUCUAGGAGUCCCUAGCCUGCUCCUACUGACUUACGCACUCACCUCCGCCAAUACGGCAGGCUGGAGCUCACCAUCGAUCAUCUCCACCUUGGUGAUCUCAACUUUGCUACUCCUAUUGUUUGUGUUGCACGAAUCUCGAGCAUCCCAGGCUUUGAUCAACCCUCGCCUCUUUCGUCCAAGUUUCACCUUCACGCUGCUCCUAGCCGUGGCAACAUAUGCCGUCCGCCAGGCAUGCUCCUAUUUCCUUACUCUCCAAAUCCAAUCAUAUGGAUCCUCACCUCUACACACUUCUCUCCUCUUCCUACCUGUCGGCAUCUCUGCUUUGGUCACCAACACGAUUGCGGGCCGUUUGGUCCCCAUACUAGGUGCCCGAGCUAUGUUCGUUAUUGGCUGGGCCCUUUGCAUCCCCGGAGUGGUAUUGUUCAGCUUUAUCACCAGUGAGACAUCAUAUUGGCGCUUCACUUUCCCCGGCAUGAUCUUAUAUAUCGCCGGUCUAGGCGUGGUAUAUAUUACUGCAAAUUUCGUGGUAGUGUCCAGUGCAAGCAAGAGUGACCAGGGGGUAGUAGCGGGUGUGUUUAACGUUGCUCUCCAGGUGGGAGGAAGUGUUCUGGGUCUCGCAGUACUCACAGCUGUUGCUGAUGGUAUUAACAAACAGUACGGUGACGGCAAGGCAGGAGAACUCAGCCUGGUUGGCUACCAGAGCGUAUACUACUCAUGCAUCAUACUGUGUGCAGUAGCUUUGGUGCUAAGCUUGAUAAUUGAAGUUCCAGAUGCAAUGAAAGGGAGCCUGUGGAAGAAGCCUGGGCAAGCUACGACGGAACAGCACGUCAAGACGGGACAGGAGACGGCGACACGGCAGAUAGAGACUGCUAUUGAGAUGAAGUAA